UCCCAUUGACAUACGUGGGGGAACUACACGAGGGCAUCUGAGGGAAAAAAUUGACCCGUAGCUUUUUGGUGAAUAUUUGAGCUCACACUGACUGAGAUUGACAGUACAGGAGACUGAAGUCCUCUGUAUAUCCGCAGGCCAGGCAUUGUACAGACAGCUUCCUUGCACAGCCUUGCCCAUGAGCUCAACCCUGGCCUGGAGGGACCACCCUCUCUAGAGGUGCUCAAAUUGAAAUUAUUCCAUGCAAGAUCUGUGGAGACAAAUCAUCAGGAAUCCAUUAUGGUGUCAUUACUUGUGAAGGCUGCAAGGGCUUUUUCAGGAGGAGUCAGCAAAGCAAUGCCACAUACUCCUGUCCUCGUCAGAAGAAUUGUUUGAUUGACCGAACUAGUAGAAAUCGCUGCCAACACUGUCGAUUGCAGAAAUGCCUUGCUGUGGGGAUGUCUCGAGAUGCUGUAAAGUUUGGUCGAAUGUCAAAAAAACAGAGGGACAGCUUGUAUGCGGAGGUGCAGAAACAUCGAAUGCAGCAACAACAGCGAGAUCACCAACAACAACCUGGAGAGGCAGAGCCACUGACACCAACAUACAGUAUCACCACCAAUGGGCUAACAGAGCUACAUGACGACCUCAGUAAUUACAUUGAUGGGCAUACCCCUGAAGGUAGCAAAGCAGACUCUGCAGUUAGCAGCUUCUACUUAGACAUACAACCUUCUCCAGAUCAGUCGGGUCUUGAUAUUAAUGGAAUCAAACCAGAACCAAUAUGUGACUACACACCAGCAUCGGGCUUCUUCCCUUAUUGUUCUUUUACAAAUGGGGAGACCUCGCCAACUGUGUCCAUGGCAGAAUUAGAACAUCUUGCACAGAAUAUUUCAAAGUCACACAUGGAAACUUGCCAGUACUUGAGAGAGGAGCUACAGCAGAUAACAUGGCAGACUUUUCUUCAGGAAGAAAUUGAGAACUACCAGAACAAGCAGAGGGAGGUAAUGUGGCAGUUAUGUGCAGUCAAAAUAACAGAAGCUAUACAGUAUGUUGUGGAGUUUGCCAAACGCAUUGAUGGCUUUAUGGAACUGUGUCAAAAUGAUCAAAUCGUGCUUUUAAAAGCAGGAUCUUUAGAGGUUGUGUUCAUCAGAAUGUGCCGUGCCUUUGACUCCCAAAACAACACAGUUUACUUUGAUGGCAAGUAUGCUAGCCCAGAUGUUUUCAAGUCAUUAGGUUGUGAAGACUUCAUUAGUUUUGUGUUUGAAUUUGGAAAGAGCUUAUGUUCUAUGCACCUGACAGAAGAUGAGAUUGCUUUGUUUUCUGCAUUUGUUUUAAUGUCUGCAGAUCGUUCAUGGCUUCAGGAGAAGGUAAAAAUUGAAAAACUUCAACAAAAAAUCCAGCUAGCCCUUCAGCAUGUCCUGCAGAAGAAUCACCGAGAAGAUGGAAUUCUAACAAAGUUAAUAUGCAAAGUGUCUACUUUAAGAGCACUGUGUGGACGGCAUACAGAAAAACUUAUGGCAUUUAAAGCAAUAUACCCAGACAUUGUGCGACUUCAUUUUCCUCCGUUGUACAAGGAAUUAUUCACUUCAGAAUUUGAGCCAGCAAUGCAAAUUGAUGGGUAAAUAUAUCGCCUAAGCACUUCUAGAAUGUCCGAAGUACAAACAUUUAAAAAAAAGAAAAAAAAAGAAAAUCAAGACACUUUAUAUGGCCCUGCACAGACCUAGGGAGCCAACACACUGCACAUCUUUUUGGCAGUUGGGGGUCAGGCAAAGGAUGGGAAACAACGAAACAAAGUUGAACUUGCUUUUCUCAUGCAUAUGAUUUCCAUUAUGCCUACAAAUAUGGACCCUUUUUCUGUCUCAACUUCUCGAUCUUUGACCUCUGUUUACACAGAAUGAGGGUACUAAACUCAGAAGGUUUCUUUUUUCCUUGUAGUUCACUGCCCACAGACUUUCAACAGAACAAUCAAUUUGUUGAUCACAGCAGAGUCCAGCGACUGGUGUGUACUGCAGAGGUUUCAGCAUCAGUUUGCACAACUUGCUCAUUGUUUCAUGAAGGACAAUUUUUUUCAUCUACCAUUGAUUGCCAGUAGGCAGAAUGGCACGAAAAGGGUCCAUAGCAAUAGCAACAAUAGCAUUAUAAUAUAUUACAGGGUAAAUGGGCAUGAAGACUAUAUAUAGCAAAAGAGAUAUUGUUUAUAUAUUGUUUUAAUUAAUAUAAAAAGUAGUUACUGGUAUAGCUUUUCUUGUUGAAUUGAUAAGGCACUUUCAUUUUGCACCUUUUUCUUUAAAUUAAAUGCUAGCGUGUUCACUGUCGUGUUGCAUGUGCACCAGAAAUUCAAGUUUAACUGAAAAAGAAUUGGAAGGUACUGAUACAUUGGGAGGUGUUUAUGCUGCUGUUUUCAACAUUACUUUUUGAGAGAGGCUGGUCACAUCCUGAAAUGAUGAUUUUUAGAGUUUUGAAAAACAUGAACAUUUUCUAAAAUCAAAUGAGCUUUUCAGCUGCUUUUUAAAAGGGUGCUUUUAUUUUUAUACAAAACCCAAAAGUUUCAAAACUGGGUGUUUAAAAUCACGUCUAAAUGCAUAUUUAGACUCGGAAAUAAAAAGCCCUGAUUUUCAAAAGUGCUAAGCAGCCGCAGCCAAGAAUUUGCUGAGCAUCUGCAGGUUAAACACAGCUACAAGUGCAAAGCACCCUUGAAAAUCAGGCCAUUAAUUGUGGCAUAUAGAUAUGCAUGUUCAACUGUAUGAACCCAGAUCUGAAAAUGUUGGCCAGAAUGUGAUAUAUGUGUAUAUACAUAAAUAUAAAACAAUUUGUGUAUGUUAUAUACACUUUUUACAUACUUUUAAAUUCCAUGUGCUAAACAAUGCUGUUAAAAACCCUAGUCCCAUUGAAGUCACUGAGAAUUUUGUUAGCUUCAAGCUGUUUUCCAAAAUCCAGCACAGCACAAGAGAGAAGUUAUUUGCUUUUAGAGCACACAUGUAUGGCUCUGGAAACACCUACAUUAAUUUGGACAGUAAUACUCUGUCUAAUGAAUGCAAACUGAUAAAAUAAAGGCACAGUCUUUUGGUAGAAAACAGGCAUGUUAUAUUCUGCAUAAAGCCUUGAAAUCACGAGUGGACUUAUAGGAUGAACAGAAGAUGAUGAACCUGAAUUGUGUAAUUCUAAAAGUGAUUGUGAUCCAUGCAUCAUACUAACAAGGGGCUAGAUUUUACAGUAUUUACUUAUGCAAAUUAUUGUUCCCUUUUCAAGGAGUUUUGCCUGAGUUUGGAUGGCAGAAUUUUGUCCCAAAGGAGGAGUAAAGUUAAAUUUUAAAAUAAACUAAUUCUGAAUGAGAGAGCCAUAUUAAACAACAAAUAAGGCUAAGUUAUCUAGUUUGGAUGAAAAGGGAGCCCUCCCCAUCUUUAUUUGUAAUGGUAGUUUUAGGAUUGCAGCCUGAUCUUCUAGCUCAAUUGAACCAGAAUGUUAAUCCAAUAAUUAUUCUUUGGUUUCCUCUGCCCCCAGUCAGCCUCAGUAUCUUUCCCAUAGUACUAUGAGAUUUAAUGAAACCUGACAGGAGAGUGGAUAACGUUUGUUUUAUUUGGAAAGCCAGAGAGAAAACAUAGUAAAAUACCCACUUUAAUGAAUCAUUUUGGACUAAAUUUAUCCACUGAUUAGAAAGUAAGAGAAACAAUAUUUCCAGAUUUGAUGUGUUCUGUAUUUAUUAAUGUAAUCCCCAAACUUUUAGUCCCCAGUUGUUUACACCCAUGUUAGAAGUGUUAGGCAAUUAUGGCUUGUCUGAAAUGACAUGUAACAGUCACUGCAAAGCUGGAACCACCUCCUUUGGCAGUAACUGGGGUGUUGAAUUGGGACAAGAACAAAAUGAAACUUUGCAUUUUCCCACAGACAGUUCCUGAAAGUUAUUGUUGACAUAUUGGAGUAGCACCUAAGGCAGGGGUAGGCAAUGUGUAUGGGGGUUGGUUCACCAGUGUUAGCCCCUGGUGGUUCACUGCCAUGAUAUUUACCUGCACCUCCACAAGUACGGGUGAUCGCAGCUCCCAUUGGCUGGGAACAGCGAUCCAUGGCUAACGGGAACUGUGAUUCCCCUAUACCUGUGGAGGCACAGGUAAAUACUACAUUGUGGGGGCCUGCCAGAGGUUAACCCUGGCAGACCAGAUGUGACCUGUGAGCCAGUAUUUGCCCACCCUGACCUAAGGGCGAUCACCAUUUUCUGCUAGAUCCAAUAAAGGACAGCUGCUGCCCCAAAUACCUUAUGAGGUGGCUGGCGGCAUGCUCCAAAAUGAGUGUGAGAUCAUGUUGUAAUUGUUUUUAAUUAAUGGAGAGUGCCUAUCUCCUAGAACUGGAAGGGAUCCCAUCAAAUCCAGUCCCCUGCCUUCACAGCAAGACCAAGUACCAUCCCUGGCAAAUUUUUGCCCCAAAUGGCCUCUGUAAGGAUUGAACUCACAAGCCUGGGUUUAGCAGGCUAAUGCUCAAACCACUAAGCUAUCCCUCCUCCCUAUCUGUUUUACACUACCCAUAAAGCCCUUGCUCCUUUUCCUAUGAUCACUUUUUUUUUUCUUUUUAGUGUAGGAGAGAGAUUGAAAUAACAGGCUGUGUGACUAACCUGUAUGGUAAAAUAUAUAAAAUACCUAAAUAACUUCCUGGAUAAAUGUGCUUGAUUCUUUUUUUCCUUUAAAACCAAAAUGGCAGUAAUAGUAUAUUUACCAGGAUGAACUGGAGUCUCUGCACUUUAACAGUUCAGUGAUAGUCAUUUUGACACAUUGUUUUAAAGGUACACUGCGAACAUGAGUUUAGUAGAAUAUGGUUUGCCUUUCAAAUUCAUUCAUAUAGAGUACCUGUCCCAAAGUAAUGUCUGUUUCAUUAAAAUUCAUAAGGCUUAAUACUUCUCUGUUCAUUUAAAGUAAUUAGGUCUCUUUGAGCAAAGUAGAAACUGUGUAUGGAAAACAGUGAAAUUGUGCAUUUGACCGUAUUUUGUAUAUAGGCAAACUAACUAGUAAUACACAUGAAUGUUCUUUCACUAGCAUUUCAUUUGUAGUCAUUGUACAGGUUGCAGCUUUAUAAACCGGGACACUCUUCUGCUCUGGCAACAUCCAAGGUCUGGCACAACCACAGAGGUUCCAGGAUCAGAAAGUUGUGGCUUGCUGCAAGGGGGAGUGCAGCGGGGAGGCACACAGGACCCUUGUGUAUGGCCCAGCUAGACUGCCCGAGGGGCUAGGAGUUGGGAAGCUGCCGGGGGAGGGAAGCCCAGCACACAGGCUCAUUUGGGCUGGGGCAGGGAGAAGGCCAGGAGCUGGGAAGCCCAGCUUGCCGCUCAGCUGGGCUGGGGGGAGUGGGAGUUGGCGUGGGCGUGCAGCUCAGCUAGGCUGCAAGGAAAGCUGAGAAUUGGUGUGCAGCUCUGCUGGGCUGCAGAGGAGCAAACGCCAGGAAGUCUGGGGGGGCCGCAGGGUAGGGGGUGGGGCCAGCAGAAGUGAGGUAAGAAACAACCUCCCUAGUCUAGCAAAAUCCCUCAUCUGGGACCAGUCAGGUGCCGGGGGUCCCGGACCAGAGAUCUCAUGUAGCUGUUGCAAGUAAUUAUUGGGGGGGGACCCCUCAAGACAGAUGUUAUUUUCAAAUUGGCCAUGACUCCUUAAAUUGAUGGGGACUAAUGCUCUCUCACAUACAUUGUGUCUACUGAGAAGUAACUAGGUGAGAUGUAGCUACAGUGAUCCCUGCUUUAUAAUUUGAACAUGUCUCACUUAGGCUAUAAUUGUUGCAUUUAACUAGUGACCCCCAUCUGGGGUCUGUAUGGAGCCGCUACACUCCAAUGAUUUCAUUGUGCCUCAGAUGGUGCAGUCUGCUUCUCUAGUAUCCCUGCUUCGUUGACAGAACUGGGGCCACGCUUCACCUUCUUUAUGCCUACUUCAGAAUGAGGUGCCCAUGGAGGCUUAGGGAGAAAUCCUUGUACUAUCCUGAAUGCAAAGACUGGAGUUAUAAGUGGACAUUGUCAAAGAGCAUGGAGGAGUAUCACAGUAUUGUUUCAAAGCAGGCUUUUUACUAACAAAAGAUUUCUGAAUGUGACCAGCCUCAGGUGCUAGCCCAUCAAAGAUCAACUAAACUUAAUUCCAGUGUCGGCUAAGGGAUAUCUAUCUAAGACUUGACCUUUUCCAGAGAGUGAAAGACAAACCCUGUUUUUGACAGGAAUUAAGAUAACCGUGUUAAAUAUUUUGGGCUGUUUUCUCAGUCAUUACCUUUCUUCCUCCCCCCCCCGGUAAAUAGUACCUGUUCUGUGAGUGCAAACAGAUUGGAUAUUUCACAUGUAGCUAGAACUCAUUGGGAACACAAAAUUGCAGGAGCAAUUACAUUUGCAUCCAAAGCCAAGUACAGGCCUAGCUGAAAGCCGUCUGACUUGUCUGAUUUUCAAAAAUGUUGCACACCUCUCAUCUCUCCCUUGCUUUAGUGGGAGCUGCGAAGUGUUCAUUAUAAAAUCAGACCAUCAGUGUACACCUGACAUCACUGUGCUUUCCUAAUCACCAUUAGUAGUUCAGAUGGAAGAAAACAAAUUUUGAGGAUAAUAGGGCGGUAGAUGUACUUGCAGACCUACUGCAACCAAAGAGCCUUUUUGGUGAUGGGAUGUUGAGUGAUUCUAAAUAUAGCCAGUCACAGUGAAUCUACAGUAUAGGGACAGGGCACUGACAGAUGAUGUAUGUCUGUUAAGAACAUCCGAGAGCAGGGUCUAGAACCAGAAGUUCAACAGUAUACCAAGUUGAAAUACACAUUCAUGCUCUGUGAAUGAAUGUCAGAUGUAUGAAAUUUUCAGUCUUCCCAACUCACUACCACAAAAAUUAAAUCUGUGAAAUGACAGAGAAUAGCUGAAGAUAUUGGAAUAAUUAUUCCUCUUAAGCUAGCUGUUCCUUAUAAUUUGUAAAGAAAUUGUCUUGGGUUGUUGGCAUAUAAAGCACAGAAACAUUCUCAAGCUUUCUUAUAGAAGAGGUACUAAAGUACAGUGUCAGUUGGGCCACCCUGGUGUACAUUGUGACUGGUGCUGUUCACCUUUCUAAUACCUAUGGAAUGAAGUGAUGUGAGAUGCUGUUUUUAAGUUUGGAUUUUCUUUAUAAAAUGUAUGUAUCAUAGUAUGGAUACCAAGGUCUGAGUGCAUGCGUGUGUGUGCACAUAUGCACGCAUGCACAUACGUAUGUAUGCAUGAAUGUGUGUGUGUCUGUGUGUGUGUCUGCUUCUAGGCUGUUAAGUGUCAGUGAAAUAAAAAUGUAUUCAAAAUACUUAACUCAAAAAUAGAAGGUGGAAAAAAUUAUUCUAUACAAAGCCUUGUCUGGACCACUUUAGAGAUACUUCUAUUUUUUUAACCCUUCUAUAAAUAUUUGAUGGCACUUGAAAUAUUCCUGCAAUAAAAUGUGAUUUGUGUAAAGAUUAAAAAAAGAUUUUGUAAUGUGAAACAAUGAAAGAAAGUAAUGUAAUUUUUCUAAAAAACAAAAACAAAAAACAAAUGAACGAACUUUGUAUUACUUUGUUGAUGGAAUUUGUCUAUUGUCUUUGAAAAACUUUUUAUUUCAUUGAAUGUGCCAUAGUAGAAAUGUGGGGGUUUUGUUUUAUUUCCUCUUCUUUUUUAAAAGAGUUUUUAAUGAAAAGAAUAUAGCUAUUUGUGUUACGACAUUCCAAAAUGCGAGACAUAGCAGAAUCAUGAUUACAAUAAUUUAGUAAGCUUUGAUCAUUGUUGCUUUUUUGCACAUGUUCUUCAUUCCUCUAUAGUGCAAUAUGUACAUAGAGCACUUGCGGGUGUAACCUUAUCCCUCAGGGAAAAAUACAUAUUUGUACAGGAUUUUUUUUUUUUUUUACUUUCUUUUCCUAAGGAAUGUCGAUUGAAUCACUUGUUUGUUGUUGAGGGGCAGCCAGAUAAUAAUCCUAAAGCCACUGUCAUACAAAUUGUUUAAUCAUUUUGUGCCCUUUUUUAUUUAAAAAGAGAAAUAAAAUUUAUUUUCUGACAGUUCUUUGUGCUGAUUGGUGACGAAAAGGGUAAACAAAUACGCACCUUAUGAUUGACUUAACUGUGAAUGACAAUCCAUCUUGUUAUCAACAAUAGAAGCCCUAUUAUUCAAAGUUGGGUUUAAGAGUCAGAAACUAAUGUGCUCAGGGAUCAACUAAAACUCUUUGACAGGGUGGCCAGUACUACUGGGACAAUUUGCUUUUUGAAAAAAAAAAAAUCAACAUCCCUCCAAGGCAUGAGUGAACUGUGUAGAACUCUUAUGUGUCUAAACGCCCCAUGUGUGCCUCGUUUGAGUUUCUAGCCCGUUGCUCAUCAAUAUUAUUUAUUAAAAAAAGAAAUAAGGAAGGAAUAGAACUUUAAAAAUCAUGCCGAAUUUUGUAAGUAUUCUUGGAAAACAAAUCAUUACUCAGAUUUCAUUUCAGGACCACUGUUCACCAUUAUUUAAUCAUAGGAGUGUUUGUUAAGAUAAACUUUGAUGUUUUGUAACAGAAAAUGAACCUUCAGUGCUUACAUUAUAAUUCUUAAAGAGAACAAGUCAGCUUUUCAGAUGCACUAUGAGUAGAUAUGCUAUGAUUAUUCUGUCUUUACAUUGAGUCACAUAGCACAGAACACCAUUAAACCCAGAAGACUACCAGGAAAACAAGGUAUUAGACCUUCCUUGCAACUGCUCUAUGUGCUUCACUGUAAACCAAAAUUAGGUAAAGAAGCCCUAUACCACCUAAUAGCAGGAAACACAAAAGGUUAAUCUCUCAGUGCCAAAGCUCUAUGGAUUUAGUGUAAGAUUUUUUCAAAGGUGUCUAUAUUGAGUCCUGGAAGCUCUCCAGAACUGGUCAAGUUGUUGCUUUGCUAUCUUUUGUACCUAAAAUAAAAAUAAGCAGAAGAUUAAGGUAAGCAAUUACAAAUACAAUGGGCAAGAUUUUGAGACUCUUUAAUCAGGGCAAGAAAAGUGAUUUCUCAAUAUCGUACCUAUGAGAUUUCAAUUAUUCUUUUAAAAAGCAUAGUUUCUCCAGUUUCUUGGGGAUAUUCAUUUUAUCUUUGCCCGUAUAACACAAAUCCCAAUUUUACAUUUAUGUAAAGAAAGAAAUCUCACGAAACCUGUCUUAAUCAACCAUUCUGCAAGCUUAUGUAGUUGAUUUUCCAAUGUACACAGGUUUCAAGACAGGAAAUUGCCUUAUAAAGGUUCGUCUCUUUCUCAGCUCUCGUUCUGUUUUGUUUUUAUUAUAAGGAAUCCCUAAUGCUGAUCCUAACCAUAAAAAGACUAAGGUAGUGUUCAAAAGAUAGUUAUUGAAAUAGAUGUCAUCCUUACUGUUCAUAUUUGCAAAUUAUUCACAAUGUUCUAUUCAAUAUGUACAGUUUACAUGAUAAAAUGUAUGUCUGUAUUUGAAUACUCCAGUCAUUGGUGCAUGUAUUUUCUUGGGCCCACGAUAGAGUAAACAAUGGAUUUUUUUUUUUUUUUUGAUCCAUUAGAAAUUUUGAGCAGUCGGGGCAAAAAUAGUUUGUUAGACUGAUGAUGAAAAAGUUUGAAUUUUUUGGCAAAUCAAUAAGUUUUUUUUAAAAUUGUUUUGUUUUCAAGUAUUUCUAAAGGUUUGUAUAUUUCAGAAUAAAAUUAAAACAUUUCAAAACAGUCAUUUUCAAUGGGGACGAUUUUUUUCAAAAAGUCAAAACAUUUGGAUUUUUUAAACUAUUUUUCCAAAGCAAAUCAUGCACUCAAAUCAACAAGAGUUCACAAAACAAGUCUGCAUGCUUCUCAAAAAAUGUUUGCAUGGAUAUACUAAUGAUUGGCUUAGACAGUUCCUAUCCUUCAGAGUCAGGGACAUUUAACUGAUGUUGAAACUAGAUUACCACUAAAACUGGUCAUAUAGUCUGUAAUGAAUCAUUUAUUCUACAGUUUGUCUCUGUGUUUGAGUCUCCCACAGACAAAUAAUGUAUUUUAUGAUAAUUAGUUACAGGAAAAAUUACUAUAUAGUAUUCUGAAAUAAUUAUUAAGGAGUUUUAUUAAAUAUUUGACAUUUUAGCUGUGCUGGCUGGUUUUGAUUGUGACACACAAAACACACAGUAUAUUUAUUUUCCCUAACUGGAGAAGUGCUCCUCUUAGAAUUGCAUUUUUGUGAUGAAUUAAUAUUUAUUACUUUAAAAUUCACCUCUUAUGAACAUGUAUAUUAGUGUGAUCUUUGCUUGAAAUUCCUGCCACUUAAGUCAUUUGGUGGAAUAUUCAGGAAAAGCAAACAUACAAGGAAGCCAAAUGCAGUAGGAAAAAUAUUAAUUUUAAAAUUUGAAAUAAUCAGUUAUAGAAAAAUGGUUACAGUAUUCACUCAGCUCCCAUUACUAUGUACCAUAGCAACCCAAUAUAAUGCUGUUAAGACUCCACUAGCUUAAUGGGGGGGAGGGAAUAUGUAACAUUUAACAAAAGGAUACUUGCUAAUAAUAUCUAUUCCAUUCUUUGACCUUUAUUCAGGUAUUUAAAGGAACUUUAACACCAUAAUAAAAGCAGUAUUCUACCCUUAAUUUCUUAUGUGGAACUGCCAGUGACAGAAAUGUGGAGGUUUUGCCUUUAUUAGAGAUAGAAUAUAGCAGUUACUUUCUACAGCAAUAAAUAGAUUUUAUCCAAAUAUGAAAUAAAACACUAAAUGUUUAGCCCCUUUACAUUAUGAAAAUAAAAAUGUAUGAAAAUUAUGACUAUGCAGGCAAUCAAUAUAUGCUCUUUACGUUUAUGUUUUGCUGCCACAAUAUUCACUAGGGUAUCUUUCCUCACAAUCUCAUUACCUUUUGAAGCUGCACUUCACAAGAAAUUUGUUUAGCUUGGCAUAAUAUGUAUGACAUCACACUUUAUUUUUAGGCAACAUCUGCAUAUUUUCCAUGCAACAUCUGCAUAUUUUCCAUGUUUAUUUCUGCUUAGUAUACUGAUUUCCCUCCCCCCAACUAUCCUAAUGUAGAAGCAUAAAUUUUAUAAUUACUUGCAAUCUCUUUAAUUAUGAUACCUAAAUGCAGAGAAUUCAUAAGCAAUACAGUGAAUUUUGUUUCACAAAAUGCAUAUGUACUGUAAAUAUCUUUCUAAAAUCCAAUUUUUCCUUUUUUUGUAUAUAAUUUUGAAACAAUUUAUAGAACAGUGGUAAAAAAUUUUACUAUUAGGACAUUAGCUGGCUGCUUCUUUAUAUGUAACUGUAUUGUCUGCCUGCUCCUUUUAUGGAGACGUGUUUUUGUAUUGGAUGUUUGGGCCAAUGGGAGGCUUCAAGCUACAGUGUAUUUUCCCAAUUUAAAUAUAUUUAACAUAUGACAAACCCCAGACAAGGCUUUUUAAAAUGUUUAAAGAACUGCAGUGUUAGGAGGUUUAUCUGCAAACUGAUUUCAAUGUUGUCCAUUUUUAUGGCACCUUUAACAAUAUUCUUGUUUCCAAAGUUCAAAAAAGGUUAAAAAUACUCUAGCCAUAAUUGAAUGUCAAGCAAUAAAAACAAAUGACUUUUUGUGCAUAGAUUUAAAAAGAAAUACAAAUUUUAGACAUCUGCAUGUAAAUGCAAUCUCUUGUUUACUGCUUUCUUAAACUUGAGCAACUGAUUCCUUAUUUUACUACUAAUUUAAGGACUUGUAAUGGCCUGUAAACAUUUUCUCUUGCUCUGUUCUUUCAACUUUAUCUUCGUCUCUGCUUUUGAGUCAUAAUAUUUAAUGUUGUUCUGCUCACUUCUAUACAGUUAACUUUUUUGCUUUCAUCCUGUAUAGAUAAAGUUAUGCUAUAAACAGCCUACACAGUGCAAAUAUUUAUCUGUUUAUCAAAUACCACAUUAUGCUGUAUAAUAUCUGUUUUACUAUAUAAUCUAUUUUAGACAUAGCUGUUUAGAACUAGAGUGUGCUAUUUUUGUGUUUUUUCUGACGUGUGGUGCUAGAUAAGUUACUUUUGUGAACAAAAAACAAACCCCUUUUAUUCCUAGACAAUGCCACCUUUGGGUCUUGUUAAUUUCAUUGAGUAAUAAAAUCUACAUAUGCCCAACAAGUACCUGUAUCAGAGUACUCGAUUUGGGACAUUUUUUUCUCCUUAAGUGCAUAGUGUCAUUAUAUAAUUUAUUCUGUAGUAUAUUUAAUGAGGAGAAAAUUACUUCAACAGUAUAGAUAUUUGAUAUCAAAUAUUUUUUCUAUGUUCAUAUUAUGAUAAAUGUGUUAACUCCAGUUCAUUAUCGAUUGGGUUGCUAAAAUGUUUCACUGCAUAUCACAUCAUAUGAGAAAUAUGUAGCCAGUUCCCCAGUAUACAAUAUUGUCUAGUUUAAGGGUUGAAGUAGGUAGUAAUUUGGCAAGUUGGGGAAUCUCUUUUACAUGUGAGAUUUAUAGACCUAAACCUACUAAGUUCUGGGUGCCUUCUACUCCCUAAAUCUAACAAGGUUUGAGGGCACUGAUAAUUCCAGAAGCCACGUGAUCAUGCCCUGAUGCGUAAUUCCAGUUAUUGUCAAUGGGAAUGUUCUGUGAAUCUAUCAUGAAACAUUGAUGUCCAAAUUCUGACCUCAUGUAUGCAUAUGUGAUUCUCAUUAAAACCACAAGUGCAAGUUCAAAGAUGGAUUUUGACACAUAAAUGUAAUGCAGACAUGGAGUUUGCAGAAUUCAAUCAUAGAACUUGAUAUUUUCUUAAUUUUUAUACAUACCUUAUCUAGAAAUCAUACCUUUUCUUUGAGUUACUCUUCACUUCAACUCUCUCCUCCCACAAAUAUUAUCAUUUAAAUUCUUACAAAAUGAUGGAUAUCAAAUAUCUGAGGUAAUUAACCUUUUUAAAUAUUUAUUAGAAUUUUUUCUGUAAUGUUACUGAAUUUAUAAGAUCUUUAGCAAAGAUUUUUGAGCAAUUUAUUAAAGAUAAUGUUUCUGUUUACUGCACUUUUUGAUAACAGAAGGUAGUGAAUUUUAAAGUCAUGAUUCUUGGCUUCCAUGCACUGCUUUUGUACCCUCAAUGCAAGGAUUUUUUUUUUUUUACAGUAACAUAGUAUUGUCCUGAAAA